AUGGUCCCGAUAUCGACUACUCCCUGGAGCGGCCACGACGACGAUCGAGGUCCUGCUCAGAAGGAGCAGCAAGAAGGCGCAACCAUGGCGGCGGCGGGAGGCAGCAGGGUGGAUGCCGCGCUGGUCUCUAGAGGAGCGCUCCGGAGCGGCUAUCUCUGGAAGCUGGGGGCCAACGUGCCCAAGUGGAAGCGGCGCUUCUUCGUGCUCAAGCCCAUCACGAUGCUCUUCUACUACAUGUCCGAGCACGAUACCGAGCCUCGCGGGUGCAUCGACCUCGACCUCUUUGACGCCGUGCGAGAGGUGCGAAAAGACUCCGGUGGUUACUCCGCAACGACAGCCGCCGCGGACACCAACAACACUAGCGGUGGCAGCGGCAAGAGGGGGGCCACGAGCACGGCAUUCGAGCUGUACCGCUCCGGCUGCCCGGACGGCAGCGGGUUCAUGCUGGAGGCGAGGGGCGGCGAGGACUGGGAGCAAUGGGUGGAGUCCAUCGCGAACGGCAGGCACGGAAAGCUGCAAGCCGAGAUGGACGUGAUGAGAGGCGCCAACAAGCUCCUGCUGGAGGAGAUCAGCGGCCUGGAGCAGCAGGUCGCCACCUUCCGCGGGUAUGCGGACCAGCGGCACGUGACCGUCCUCGCUCUGCGGGAUGAGCGGCACCGCAGCCGCGAGGUGGCGGCCGAGCUCGCCGCGCUCGGCGACACCGCCUCCGCCCUGUCGCACCUCAUCGCCGAGGGCCUCAAGGGCGGCGACGGGAAGCAAAGCGGCGGCGGCGGCGGCGAGGAGGAGGAGGAGGAAGGCGCCCAUGCGCUGGCGGCGGCCGGAGAGUCGCCACCGUCCAUGGCCUGGAGGUCCAGCGGCAGCGGGGACCUGGACACCGCGCGAUCGCGGUCGCCGUCGGCCCCGCGAGACGAGUUGUCGACGGCCGUUUCUCGAGACAGCGGCGGCGGCGGCGGCGGCGGCGGCGAUGGCGGUCGGCCCCGGCAGGAGCAACUCACCGAGCAGGGAGCCGACGAGCGGCUGUCCCUCGAGGCCGUCAGGAGAGCGUUGGGGGAGGCCCGCGCGGAGCUCGGCCGCAGGGGGCGGGCCCUGGAGCGGGAGGCGGACAGGAGGCGGGAGGUGGAGGGGGAGGCGCGGCUCGCCGAGAGGCUGGUGAGGGCGGCGGAAGAGCGGGCGGUUGGCGCGGAGGCGGCGACGGCCCGGGCGAGCGGGAGGGUGAGCGUGCUGGACCGGAGCAUGGAGUACCUGAAGACGCAGCUGCGGGCGCUGAGAGCCGAGCUCUGCCAGGCGCGGCACAAGAACCAGCUGGUCCGGGCGCAAAAGGCCGUCCUCAAGAAGGAGCGGCGAGCCGGGGGAGGCGGGGGGGCUUGGCGUUCCCGUGCCCGCACGUGGGCGUCGAUGGGUGACCUGGCGGAAGCCGACGUUGCCCCUGACGUUACCGGCGGCGGCGGCGGCGGCGUUGAUGGGACCGCAGGCGGGAGCAAAGGAGCGGGUGUGCGGUGGGCCAGCAGGCGGCGCUCUUCGACGUCGGAGUGUUCGACGGCGGACGUUUCGACGGUGGCGAUAGAGGAUGACGACGGGGGAAGGAUUGGCGGCGGCAGCCAGCGCCGCCGAGGGAGCAUGCGGUCGUGCUUGUCUCGGGACAGCCUGGCGGCGGCGUCGGACGGCGGGGACACCGACCUGGCGGAUAGGACUUGUUCGGAGGCCUCCGAUCUGGAAGAGAACCAAGAAAACAUCGUCUUCCACAGCAACAUCAGCAGCCAGUUCCGGGAGGGCGUGUGUCGUACCAUCCGCAAGCGGGUCGGGCCCCCGCGAGUGCCGUCCCUGCCGCCGUCACGCCACCGACGAACCCUUGCCGCGGUAAAGAACCUCAACUCGUUCCACGACGCAACGGCGCUGGCGGCGACACAGCUGCAGCAGCAGCAACAACAGUCCGAAGAGGCGUUUGGCAGCGGCGGCGGCGGCGGCGGCGAUGACCACGGCGUGGGUGGGUUUUUCGCGGAAGCAAGCGGCGGCGGCGACGGCGGCGGCAACGGGGCUUCUUCUGCAGCGCCGGCGGUGGCCGGGCUAGCGGUGGCCGGCAAGUUCCUCGGGCUCAACAAGGGCAUGGUGGACAAGGCCGCGCAGGAGAUGGGCAAGAAGCUCGCGCUUUGGCCGGGGGCGGCGGGGAUGGGCGGGGCGGCGAUGACGAGCGUAUGCUCGCUGGGUUCCCUCGCGGCGGGCGCGAUAACCGGCGUGACCAGCAACAGCAACAGCAACGCCGCCGCCGGCGGAGCCGGCAACUACCACCCGCACACCCCCUUGGGGUCGCCCCGGUCGGCUUCAGCGAGCGUUUCCGCCGCGCUAACCGACUCGCCGGUGCGAUGGGACCCGUCCUCGCAGCACGGGUCCACGGUGUCGACCGACCUGGGUCUCGGAGAGAUAUCCGGGGCGGAGUGGGAGGCCUGCGUGAACCGCGGUAGGCAGUCGCUGGACGCCAAGGCGGCGGCGGCGGCGGCGGGUGGUGGCGGGGUAGGCGCGGUGGCGGCGAGCGCCCUCUCUGCCGCCGUCGGGGGCGGGCUCAAGAGGGUGAGCUCGUCCCGCACCGCGCUCAUCCAGCUGUCGGACCUCGAGCUUGCCGAGCCGUGCGGGAGACGAAUCGGCGGAGGUGGCGGCGGCGGUGGUGGCGGCGACGAGACGGGAAGCAGCAGGCCGAGGUCGUCGGCCACGCCGCCGUCGUCGCUUUCGUUGGCAGCGGCAGCGGCACCAACCCCGUCCUCCUCCAGCAAGCGGCGGCUGUCGUCGGUCCUUCCCCCGCGGCCGGACGACGAGUACGAGCUCCUCUUCACGACCAGGGUCAUCGGCCUCCAGUUCCGGGAGCUCCUCGACGGCACCGGCGUCUGUGUCGCCGGCUCCGAGGGCUACGUGGGGCCGGCCCCGACUACCGGAGUCCCCGGCGAGCGGCUGUGCCCGGACACCGGGGACGUCCUCGAGUCCUACAACGGCGUCUCGGCCCGCGGGAAGCCGGCGGACGUCGUGGCGCGAGAGCUCGCGCAGUGCGGGCGGCCCCUCCGCCUGGGGUUCCGGUCUACCCGCGCGGAAGAAGGGCUCCUAGCGGAAGAGGAGGAGGGGGAGAUGGAGCCCGCGUGGGUGGGGGGUUCUCGGCCGCGGGCCCCCCUCCUCGAGGAGGGGAGCGGCAGCGGCGGCGGCGGCACGUGGGGGGGCGGGGCGGCGGCGGUUAGUAGUAGUGCUUCGUCGUGCAGGGAUGAAGCUUUCGCCGGGCCCUCGCAACACCCGUGGGCGGUGUCGUCGUAGAGCGCAACACGUUGUUGUUGCUGUGAGCUUUUUUUUUUUCGGGGGGGGGGGGGAGGGCAUGCCGGGAGGGAGAGGUAAUGGUUAAUGAUGUGGGAGGUCCAAGGUCCCAAACGUUGCUGCUCCACGAGCAGCGUGAGGGACGCGAUCUCGAGAAGCGCGGCGCCGCCGGUGUGUUUUGUGUGUUUCCGUGUAUCUUUCAUGCAUGAUGUUGCGGUAUCCAUAGAAUAUAAUGUCACGCAAGGAGGGGCGUAUCUUGGUGCAAGAAACUGAGGACACUGCUGCUGUUGUUCGGGGAACGAAGAGGUGGGGCCGCUUUUUGGCGCGCGAUGCCGCCCCUCCUCGGCGACAAGAACGACAUGUUCUGUUGUCGUUCGCCAUGGUUGCAUGAUGCCCGCGGGGCUUUCGUGUGGACGCAGCAGCAGCUGAGCCGCGGGCAUGUCGCUCGAAGAGGGAUUUUGUUGUGUCAUGUCUGAAAACCUGCUUGUCUGUAGCGGUUCACGAGCUUUUGAAAGGAGUUACUGGAUGUUGGAGGGCUGGACUUUAGUUUGCAAGAGUGUGUUAAGCGCCACAUCAAACAUACAUGUGACGGACGCUGUGUGUCUGCGUGAACCGGUUGACUCGUAGGCUUUUUUGUCAGUCCCCCUUUCUACCGUUGUACGCAAGAGAAUGAAUGCAUGGCCUCUUCUCUAAAUCGAUGCUGUUUUUUGUAGUGCUGUGUACUUGUGAGGUUUGCA